AUGACAGAACCUGAGCAUUGGCACUCUCCUGCCAAUAUGUUUCUCCAGAAAGAGGUCUAUCGCCUCGGGUCAGAACCCGGACUCCGAUCCCUUCCUCCUGGCCCCGAACGCGAUUUCCUCACCCUCACCUGGGGUCCCAUCGUGUAUCGCACGACAUAUGCGCCAGAUUCACAGCGGCUGAUACCGAUAUUCCUCCGAGCGCUCAACGAAGAAAUUCAGAAAGCCCUCUCGAGAUGUCUACCAGGAAGCCCGGAACAGAUCCGUCUGCUCGAAACAACAUACGCCUCGAAAGUAUUCAACUCUCAGGAGGAAUACCACGGCGUUGACGAGGAGACUGUCCAGGAAGCCUUUCAUGAUUGGAAGGUAGCUCUAGCGUUGCCCGCGAUAGAACUCCCUGUCCGAAUGCGGAUGUGCUUGAUGAUAGAUGAUGGAGUGCUGUCGCAUCUCGCAACGACCGUGGAUAUGUCGUCCAUGGUGGAGAAGGAUGCGGACUACUCCACUUGCCCGGUCAAGGUCAUAGAGGAGAACUAUCCUGAUUUACAUCGUCGUGACUCGAAGCCAACAAAAGAAGAUUAUCCUGGGUGGACAAAAGUGGCAUUGUCGGCACUCGUGGAGGUAUAUGACGGUCUGCGACGGGGAAGAAGUCUGGAAGACUAUCAUAAAUCUGGUCAGGUCUACUUGGGUGACGAUGGCUGUCGAAUGGAUCGCUUCAUCUCGAGAAAGCGGCCUCGGCUGAGUCCGUCCGCUACGCAGCAGACGCUGUCCCCUGAUGAGGAUUCCACCGAUAUGAAACUGGCGAUACUCCUAUCACUCUUCCCAGACAUAGAACAAGAUGCUUUACUGGACAUUCUCACUUCAAGUGGCGGGUCUGUUGAAGACGCAUCUGCCGUGAUCACCGCUCAGCGUGCGUAUAGACCAGCCAAAAAGAGAGCAGGUGGUGUAUCAGCAAUCCAGACCUCUAUGGCCUCACAUAUCACAACCGAGGCAGGAUUGCCACCAAAAAGGCAACUCACCCGGAAAGGAAAGACGCUACAUCUUUUCUCUCCAGAAGAUGUUGCUGCUCAUACUCCGUGUACCAUCAUCCAUAAUUUCUUGCCCCCAGAUGAAGCAGAUGCGCUACUACUGGAACUUCUGGAUGAGUCGAAGCACUUUUCUAGGUACAGGUUUCAGCUGUUUGAUCGUACAGUUGAGAGCCCUCACACGAGCAGCUUGUACGUCUCGACCCCUGAGGAGAUCCGACAACAAACGUCGGAAUACACCUAUGGAGGCGUAUACCGUUCGAACGUGCGCCAGCUUACGCCGUACUUGCGCGCCGUCUCUGCCAAAGUUCAGCGCGCAGUGAACGACGAGGUUCAGAAGCGUAUACAAACGUGCUACCCAGGUGGGAAAAAGCUCAAGUAUCAGUCGCCUAAGGAAUGGGUGCCUAAUGCAGCAUUCGUCAACUGCUAUGAUGGUCCAACAGAAAGUGUCGGCUAUCACUCGGAUGAGCUGACUUACCUUGGUCCGCGAGCUAUUAUUGGGAGUCUGAGCUUAGGCGUGGAAAGAGAGUUCCGGGUGCGACGCAUCGUGGCGAGCGAUGACGAUGAAGGGAACGAUAGUGAAGUGUCAGCCAGGGGGUCGACAGCGGAUUCUCCAUCCAGACGGAAAGCAACGUCGAUGGGGACUAAUGUUCGUGCUAAUGCGCAGGGGCAAAUCUCCAUACACCUUCCGCACAAUUCCCUCCUUGUUAUGCAUGCCGAGAUGCAGGAAGAAUGGAAACAUGCUAUUGCACCCGCGCAGACUGUUUCACCACAUCCGUUGUCAGGUAACCGGCGUAUCAACAUCACCUAUCGAUGGUAUCGGGAUGCCCUCCACCCGCGUAACAUUCCGCGGUGCCGUUGUGGCACACAUGCAAUCUUGCGAUGUGUGCAACGCAAACGUGAGAACAAGGGUAGAUAUAUGUGGAUGUGCUAUGCAGGACAUGAACCAGGAAAGAAAGGUUGCACUUUUUUCCAGUGGGCCGAAUUUGACGAUGAUGGCGAACCUCUCUGGGAGAUCAAGCCCACGGAAGACAGAGCUCCCACGUUGCGCAACUUCAUCGAAGAAGACGACAAACAAUGA